GAGGGGAGACAUAAAUUAGUAGAUUGAAGACCUGUGUAUUUUUCAUCUCCAAAGUGCGCGCAAUCACGCCCAAAAUCGGUGACCGACGCCUUGAAUGGCGCGUUUUGGAGACGAGGUGCCCAACAGGUAUGGAGGAGGAGGAGGAGGUGGUGGUGGCGGUGGCGGGGGUGCCGGCGGACAGGGGGGGCCGGGCCGCGGCGGCAGCAGGCAAGGUGGGCCCCCCGGGGCUCAGCGCGUGUACAAGCAGUCGAUGGCCCAGAGAGCCCGGACCAUGGCCCUGUACAACCCCAUACCCGUCCGGCAGAGCUGCCUAACGGUCAACCGCUCCCUCUUCCUCUUCAGCGAAGACAACUUCGUGAGGAAGUACGCCAAAAAGAUCACCGAAUGGCCUCCGUUUGAAUGGAUGAUCCUCACCACCAUCAUUGCAAACUGCAUUGUCCUGGCUUUGGAACAGCAUCUUCCUGAUGGAGACAAGACACCACUGUCCGAACGACUGGAGGAGACGGAGCCCUACUUUAUAGCCAUCUUCUGUUUUGAGUCCGGGAUAAAGAUCCUGGCUCUGGGGUUUGCGUUACACAAGGGCUCCUAUCUGAGGAAUGGCUGGAACGUCAUGGACUUUGUGGUCGUUCUCACCGGGAUUUUGUCAUCUGUGGGGUCUCAACUCGACCUGAGGACACUUCGAGCCGUCAGGGUGCUGCGACCCCUGAAACUAGUGUCUGGAAUUCCCAGCCUGCAGGUGGUGCUCAAGUCCAUCAUGAAGGCAAUGAUCCCCUUGCUGCAGAUUGGCCUACUGUUGUUUGUGGCCAUCCUCAUGUUUGCCAUCAUCGGUUUGGAGUUUUACAUGGGAAAAUUCCACAAAACCUGCUAUGAUGAAGUUACAAAGGAAAUAAUUAAUGACCUGCCGUGUGGAGACAAAUUGCCCUCUCGGUUGUGCUCCAACGGCACAACGUGCAGCGACGGCUGGCUCGGCCCAAACUAUGGCAUCACCCAGUUUGAUAACAUCCUGUUUGCUGUUCUCACCGUGUUCCAGUGCAUCACCAUGGAAGGAUGGACAGACAUGCUCUACUACAGUAAUGAUGUGGAGGGCAGUGCCUGGAACUGGAUGUACUACAUCCCCCUCAUCAUCAUCGGCUCCUUCUUCAUGCUCAACCUGGUGCUGGGUGUACUCUCAGGUGAAUUUGCCAAAGAGAGAGAGCGCGUGGAAAACAGGAGCGAGUUCCUCAAGCUGAGACGACAGCAGCAGAUUGAGAGAGAGCUCAACGGAUACCUGGAGUGGAUCUGCAAAGCAGAGGAGGUGAUUCUGGCUGAGGACGAUGUCACUGGAAACUUUGAUGGCUCGAGGAGAAGGCCGACCAUCAAAACCAGAAAUAAUAAGACAGAGCUGCUUAACCAAGAGGAAGGAGAAGACAAUAUAGGAGAUGCUGUAGGUUUUGCACGCUCCAGUAUAAAGAGUGGCAAGGAAGGCUCCAAUUACAACAAGAACGAGCGUCGGCUGAGAUUCUUCAUCCGCAAGAUCGUGAAGACGCAGGCCUUCUAUUGGACAGUACUCUGCCUGGUGGGCCUCAAUACCCUCUGUGUGGCUGUGGUGCAUUAUGACCAGCCUGAUAUUCUCUCUGACUUCCUCUUCUAUGCAGAGUUUAUCUUCCUUGCUUUAUUCAUGUCUGAGAUGUGUAUCAAGAUGUAUGGUUUGGGCAUCCAGCCCUACCUCCACUCAUCUUUCAACUGCUUUGACUGUGUGGUAAUUGUCGGCAGUAUCUUCGAGGUUGUGUGGGCCCUCAUAAAACCAGGCACAUCUUUCGGCAUCAGUGUUUUACGAGCUCUGAGACUGCUGCGCAUCUUCAAAGUGACCAAGUACUGGGCUCCUCUUCGAAACCUGGUAGUUUCUCUGCUGAACUCCAUGAAGUCCAUCGUCAGUUUGCUCUUCCUCCUUUUCCUCUUCAUCGUGGUCUUUGCUUUGCUCGGGAUGCAGCUGUUCGGAGGACAGUUUAACUUUGAAGGUGGAACUCCACCUACUAAUUUUGAUACUUUUGCAGCAGCAAUCAUGACAGUUUUUCAGAUCCUGACAGGAGAGGACUGGAACGUGGUCAUGUAUGAUGGCAUCGAGUCCCAAGGAGGAGUCAAUGACAAAGGGAUGGUCUUCUCUAUCUUCUUCAUCGUCCUCACACUCUUUGGGAACUACACUCUGCUGAAUGUGUUUCUGGCCAUCGCUGUUGACAAUCUGGCCAACGCACAGGAACUUACCAAGGAUGAGGAAGAACAGGAAGAGGCAGCCAAUCAGAAGACAGCGCUACAGAAGGCUAAGGAAGUGGCUGAAGUCAGCCCGCUGUCUGCUGCCAACUUAUCUAUCGCUGCGAAAGAGCAGCAGAAGAACUGCAUUAAGGGCAAUAAGUCUGUGUGGGAGCAGCGAACAAUUGAGAUCCGGCGACAGAACCUGAUGACGAGUCGUGAAGCGCUCUACAAUGAACUGGAACAAGAAGACUGGAAGGUUGGGGAGGAAGGAGAGGAGGGGGCAUACCCGCGGAAGGGACCCGGUGAUGUGAAAACCCACCUGGACAGGCCACUGGUGGUGAACCCACAGGACAAUCGCAACAACAACACCAACAAGACCCAACCCGGUGAGCCGCCUCUGGACCAGCAGUAUCGGCAUCAAGACGUGGACCACUGCCGCCGUGCCGCUCACUACCACCACUUCCACCGCCACCACCACCAGAAAGCCUCCGGGCCCGACGGCGCGGAGACGUGCCAGUUAAUGGAGACUCGCAUGGAGCACGGCUUCAGCUGCACGUCUCUGGGCAACACGGAGGGCAACGGGGAGAGCCAGCGGGGGGAGGAGAGGCACAGCCAUCGGAGCCACCGGAGCCACCGGGGCCACCGGCACAGGAACAGGGAGGGCAGGGAGGCUCGGAGCAUGUCUCCCCACCACAGCGAGGCCGGGGAGGGGAGUGAGCACAAGAGGUCUAAGCAACACAGCAGGGCGGCCAGGGAUGGAGAAGAGGGCAGAAGGCAUCGGUGUCGGGGAAUGGAGGGGGAGGGGGAGAAAGGCGAAGAAGAGGAAGGACGAAAGACAAGACGGCAUCGCCAUGGGAACCAGGAAAAGAGCAGGGGCCAUCGAACCAGAAAGGAGCACCACGGCACCUGCCCCAGCCUCUCCACCACACGACCCAUCCAGCAAUAUAACGAGGACCUCGACAACUUCCGCAACAACAGCAAGCUGGCCAACGCCCACGAGCACCCUUACGCCCUGCCGCCCGACCACCCCGACCAUGUCAACAACCUGCUGAACUGCCACGAUUCUGACACCCACACCCUGCUUCACAGCAUGGACAGUCUGAUACUGACGAGCAUGGCCAAGCCCGAGUACACAGCCAUAGUAAUGCCACCUGUGUACCCUUACCCGUCUACCAAUGCCAUUUUGCAAGUGAACAAGAAUGCCAACACCGAUCAGAAGAAGAGCGAGGAGAAAAAGGAGGAGGAGGACGAAGGCGGUGACGAAGACGGCCCCAAACCCAUGCCUCCCUACAGUUCCUGCUUCAUACUGUCGACCACUAACCCGUUUCGGAGAUGCUGUCACUACAUCCUGACUCUGAAGUAUUUUGAGUUCAGCAUCCUGUCUGUCAUCGCUAUGAGCAGCAUCGCCCUCGCAGCAGAGGACCCUGUCAACCCUGAGUCACCACAAAACAAUGUGCUGCGUUAUUUUGACUACGUUUUCACAGGCGUCUUCACAUUUGAAAUGUUGAUCAAGAUGGUGGUUCUGGGUUUGUUUCUCCACGAGGGAUCUUACUUCCGUGACUUGUGGAACAUUCUGGACUUUAUAGUGGUUAGUGGUGCUCUGGUGGCCUUCACCUUCACGGGAGGAAACAAAAACAAAGACAUCAGUACAAUCAAAUCCCUUCGUGUGCUGAGGGUGCUGCGUCCGCUGAAGACCAUCAAACGUCUCCCCAAGUUGAAGGCCGUCUUCGACUGUGUGGUCAACUCUCUGAAGAAUGUGUUGAAUAUCUUGAUCGUCUACAUGCUCUUCAUGUUCAUCUUCGCUGUGGUGGCCGUGCAGCUAUUCAAGGGUCGCUUUUUCUACUGCACAGAUGAAUCCAAAGAGUUUGAGCGUGACUGCAGGGGCGAGUACUUAGUAUAUGAGAGAGAUGAGGUCAAAGCUGAGAAGCGGGAAUGGAAGAAAUACGAUUUUCACUACGACAACGUGGCUUGGGCCUUGCUCACCCUCUUCACUGUCUCAACUGGAGAGGGGUGGCCACAGGUGUUAAAACACUCAGUGGACUCCACCUAUGAGAAUCAAGGCCCCAGCCCGGGAUACAGGAUGGAAAUGUCCAUCUUUUACGUGGUGUACUUCGUUGUCUUCCCUUUCUUCUUUGUAAACAUCUUUGUGGCUCUCAUCAUCAUCACUUUCCAGGAACAAGGGGAUAAAAUGAUGGAGGACUACAGCUUAGAAAAGAAUGAAAGAGCAUGUAUAGAUUUUGCCAUAAAUGCCAGGCCCCUGACUCGCCACAUGCCGAAGAACAAAUUGAGUUUUCAGUAUCGCAUGUGGCAUUUUGUGGUGUCUCCGCCCUUCGAGUACAGCAUCAUGGCUUUGAUCGCGCUCAACACGGUUGUCCUCAUGAUGAAGUUUCAAGGUGCAUCCACCAACUACGAUAAUGUCCUCAAGUACCUUAACAUUGUUUUUACCACCUUUUUCUUCAUGGAAUCAUGCCUUAAGGUCGUUGCUUUUGGCCCUCUGAAUUACUUCAGAGAUGCCUGGAAUGUUUUUGAUUUUGUCUCCGUCGUUGGGAGCGUCACCGACAUCGUAGUGACAGAAUUUUGGAAUAAUUUUAUCAACUUAAGCUUCCUGAGGCUGUUUAGAGCGGCCCGCCUCAUAAAGCUCCUGAGACAAGGAGAGACCAUCCGCAUCCUACUCUGGACAUUCGUCCAGUCUUUCAAGGCUCUGCCAUAUGUGUGUCUGCUCAUCGCCAUGCUCUUCUUCAUCUAUGCCAUCAUUGGCAUGCAGUUGUUUGGGAACAUAGCACUUGACGAGGACGAAGACAGUGCCAUCAACGAGCACAAUAACUUCCGAACGUUUCCUAUGGCCCUGAUGCUGCUGUUCAGGAGCGCUACGGGUGAGGCGUGGCAUGACAUCAUGUUGUCUUGCCUGGGUGAAAAGAAAUGCGACCCGGAAUCAGGGAAUCCAAAAAAGGAGUGUGGCAGCACCUUUGCCUACACUUACUUUGUCUCCUUCAUCUUCCUUUGCUCUUUCCUGAUGCUGAAUCUCUUUGUGGCUGUCAUCAUGGACAAUUUCGAGUACCUGACCAGAGACUCUUCUAUCCUGGGGCCGCAUCAUUUGGACGAGUACGUAAGGAUAUGGGCCGAGUACGAUCCUGCGGCCUGCGGGCGCAUACAUUAUAAGGAUAUGUACAGUUUAUUGAGAGUUAUCUCCCCUCCUCUGGGCCUUGGCAAGAAAUGCCCACAUAGGGUGGCCUGCAAGAGGCUGCUGCGCAUGGAUCUGCCGGUUGCAGAUGACAACUCGGUGCACUUCAACUCCACCCUCAUGGCUCUGAUCAGGACCGCUCUGGAUAUAAAAAUAGCCAAGGGAGGUGCAGACAAACACCAGAUGGAUGCAGAGUUGAGAAAGGAGAUGAUGGCUAUCUGGCCAAACUUAUCACAGAAGACACUGGACCUGCUGGUUACGCCGCACAAGGCAGCCACAGACUUGACGGUUGGCAAAAUCUACGCAGCCAUGAUGAUCAUGGAGUACUACCGACAGAGCAAGACGAAAAGGCUGCAGGCCCUGCGAGAGGAACAGAACCGAACGCCAUUAAUGUUUCAGCGCAUGGAGCCGCCCUCAGAGGAAGGGGGCACAGAUGGCCAGGGGGUGCAGGGCCAGAACGGUCUCCCGAGCACCCAGCAGGACAACGUGAACAGCAUACCUCCAGAGGGUGGUAUGACUGAGAGCCAAUCCUGGGUGACGGCCAAAGCCCAGGAAAUGUUCCAGAAGACGGGUAACUGGAGCCCAGACAGACCCUACCCUGACGACCUCCACGAAAACCGCCACAACCCCCAGACGGUAGAGAUGAGGGAGAUGGGGCGGGACGGGUACUCCGACACUGAGCCCUAUCACCCCAUGGAUGGGCAUGGGCGGACCCUCUCCAUGCCCCGCCUCUCGGCAGACAACCAAACCAUCACCGACACCAGUCCGAUGCGCCGCUCCACCUCCAGCCUGGUCCACGGGCGGUCAGGCCGCGGUGUGAGACUGGACGACUACUCGCUGGAAAGGGUGGUGUCGGAGGAGGGGAGACACGGAGGAGGGCGCAGGCACAGGGAGAGAAGUCACCGCACCUCACAGCGCUCCCUGACCAGAUACACCGACGCCGACACGGGUCUGGGUACAGACCUCAGCACCACCACACAAUCAGGGGACCUGCCACCCAAGGAGCGAGAGCGGGACCGCGGACGCACCAAGGACCGCCGCCACCACCAUCGCCACCACCAUCAUCACAGCUCCAUGGACAAGGAGCGUUACGGCCCUGAUCGCCACGACUACCCCCACAGACACCCCCAUGACCACCACUGGUCCCGCUCACCCAGUGAAGGGCCCGAUGGAAGAGGUCACAGACAGGGCAGUAGUUCGGUGAGUGGCAGCCCAGUCCCCUCUACUUCAGGGACCAGCACUCCACGGAGAGGCCGUCGCCAGCUUCCGCAGACCCCUGCUGUCCCACGUCCACAUGUCACCUACUCCCCCGCUGUGCGUAAGCCCAGCUACGGCCCCCCGGGGCCGGGCCGACUGCGUUCGCCCUCCCCCCGGCACUUCUCUCCACCGGACCACGACAGAGGCUACCACCACCGCCCCCCAUCGCGCCACGGCUCUCCACAUCACGUAGGGUCUCCGUCCCGGCACGGCUCGCCGCGCUCACCGAGGCAUCAGUCCCCUCGCUCGCCUCUCCACGGCUCACCCAGGUCCCCUCACCGAAGCCGAUGGAGCGGGCCCCCACCCGGGGACAGUCUGGAGGGCGAUGGGCCCUUUUAUGAGAGAGAUUACGAGUACGAGCGACACCACGAGCCUCCUGCCUACGAGCAGAGCCUUUCCCAUGGCAACCCUCACCCGCUUGGUGCAAAUCCUCACCCCCACCCACGCUCACCUAGGACUGCCCGGCAUGGGCCCCCUCCCCCCCCCUCACCCACACCACACCCACACCCACGUAGGGUACCCAAUGGCUACCGCUCAUCGUCACCAUCGCCACAUCGGCGGGGACCACCGGGGGCACCGCACCAUCGACCUCCCCAUGCCAGAGGGCCCCGCAAGGGCCUGCAUGAACCCUAUAGUGAGACAGAUGAGGAUGACUGGUGCUAGCAACCACAGAAUACAAGGAAUAUGGACAGCAGACGAGAAGAAGAACAGCCAUCUCUGGUGUUCUGGCCUCGAAUUUGAAGACUUUUAAUAAAGCGUGGGGGCUGAGGUUUUGUAAAGGGGUUUGAUCCCAGAAAAAACCCUCUUCCUUCACCCCUCAAACUCUAAAUAAGUGGCAGGGGUGGAGGGUAGAGGGUGAAAGUGCUGCAAAUAGUCUUUCACGCAUUUUGUGCAAGAGGAAAAUCAGUAACAGAUCAGCACAUGGUCAAAACAAAGAGAAAGUGAAGAGAACCUGGGUAAGGCCAGGGAACAGUUUACCUCUGCCUCUCUCAAGCUCAGACGUACGCACUUCCAAGGAUUAGCCUUCACUAUCAAGGCCAGGCUGAAAGAAGAAGAGAGAGGUGUGGAAACAAAAAGCAUUGAAGGAGCAUGAGGUGCAAAAAUAAAAAAAAAAUAAUAUAAAAAAGUGCUGCCAUCAUUGCAGUUUGUGAGGCCUGAUAGCACUUUUCUCAGACUGGCACCUGAUUGUUUGGAUUUCUCACUCGUAUGCUGUCUGUUGCCGGUCAGACUUCUACUGUACAAUGAAAAUAGGCUGGAAAAGGGAGUAUACCGCUUUGACGCUGCUCCUGAGACUGAAUACGUUCAAAGAAAACAAAAUUAAGAAAAAGCCAGGAUCCCCUAAUCCUUACAUGCCAAGCUAUGCCUCCAGAAAUCAAACUUGAACACUGAAGAAAACAUUAAAAACUUUACACGACGAACAGUGAAAGUAAAGAAGGGAGAACAUCCACUUUAUCUUUAAUCUUUUUCCUUUCCAAAGGACAGAACCAGGAAGCUCCGCCUAUACUGCAAAAAACAGCCAAUCCCAGCACUGGCUGAUAUUUGAUGAGUUUUAUCAUCUCUGUUUACUGUUAUGGACUCACUGGAAGCUGAUGGGACUGCUGUGACAUCACUUCCUGUCAAGAUGGUGGCGGCAGUGAAAUGUGGUGAGACACAAUGUGGGCUCACUUGUCAUUCAAGUGCACUGGUGGGAUGGGCCCAGGUAACUGACACUUUGUCAAGCCUCUUCCUCCUCUGUUACUCAAUCUGAUGCACAGAGGAGGAGAAUCAGACAGGAAAUGACAUCACACAGCUGAAUGGGGCGGAGGAGAGGAAAGGAGGGAUGGGGGAAAAAAGACUAAUUUCUUCAGUGCUUCUUCGAUCGAUUACUUCUCCUUCUUGUUCUCUGAACAUUGGAGCUUGGUUCUUCUGUUGCAUUCGCUCAGCGACGUUUGAUCUUUUUCAGAAUCCUAAAUUUGAUGGAAAACUUGCAUGACUGAUUAAAAAAAAAAACAUUCUAGAGAGGAAAUCUAAGUGGUUUGGGUGGGACUCGGGGGCUUUAUAGGAAACUUUACAUUUAGGUCUACAAAAGAAGUUCUGUUCUUUCGAGCUCUCUCUCCUACAUGUCAACAGUAAUUUUGGGUUUCUUUUUACCUGAAACAGGCUUUGACAGUCAGGUGUUCGGUUUGUCUCAGUUUUCCGGUAAAAGCUCAGUUUCUACAACCUGUCAGGAGACGAGAAACAUUUCGGGAUCACAUUAAAGUGUCCCGCAGUGCUUGAAAACUAACAAGGGAGAAAGAGUGGAGAGAAACAGACCUCUACCGCACUUCAUUUAUUAUUGUUAAUGAUGACUCAUGUAUGACUAAUGAUUUUAAUGUCGAUGCAAAAUGAUGGUGACAAUGAUAAUACAAAUGGUGAUUGACUGAUUUGUAGAACUGUUGCUGUAGACUUGUUGUCAUGUUUUUUGAAGUUCAGAUAUGCUAUGUUCAUCUUGUUUGCAUCUUUUAUGUUCCCCUGUUCAAUGAUGUUUACUGGGUUCCUGAUGCCUUCCUGCAACAUUUCAGGGCAAUGACAGCUUGGGAACAUUCACUUUUAGCAGCGUUGCGUGUUGUAACGCAACUCUUAAGGUACAUUCUGUCUCUAGAAUAGUGGAAGCGGAGGUCAGGGGAGUCUAAGUAUCUUACCUGCAAUGACCCAGCGGGUCAGUCCUCUUGUCAAGUCAACCCAAAGACAACUAACUCAUGUUCAGAGCAAGGGGUAGAACAUUUGAAGAGAGUGAAAACUGAUUUUUAGGAGGUUUUACUAAGGCUGACGCUCUCUGGCUCGCAGCCAAAUAAAAACAAAGACGAGGAGGAAGAACGGAGGGUUUCCCUCUAUUGGGCUGUGUAGUUUUGCAGUGAGGUCAAUCGCCAGCAACAGUACAGCGUUGGUGGUACAGGGUCGAUGUCAGUCAGCGUUAUGCCGUGGUGUUUUUACCACCAGGGGGCAGUUAUUGGCACACAUUAUCCUCCCUCUGAAGACAGCCUCUUGGUCACAUCCUAAUGUCUCGCCCUGCUGUGAAACGUCAACUUAUAUCUUUCUCUUGUAUCUCUCUAAGAUAUAUAGUCGGACUUUAAACCAGGAAACAUGGAUGCGGCCUGAGAGAAGCCAUACCUACCUGUUUGCCAGUCAAUUUAUUUUUUUUUUCUUUCUCAUGUGUGUGCCAAGGCUGAUCUCCUUGCCCACCCCUCACCCUUCUCUCAGGUCCCCCGACACCUUUUUCUCAGAUCACUCUAGUCCAGUCUCGGGAUGUUGUGCCAUGGCUGAAUCCUUCUCCCCUGAAACCUAUUUCAGUAUCCACUGAGCUGUUUCCAAACUCUAUUGUUUUUAAUGUCCAUUUGCGUUGACAUCUGUUCUUUUAGCCUUCUAGACAGUCAAUCGACACUGAAGUCAAGCAAAACACUUAACAGGUCAGACGAACUAAGUUCUAAUAAUUUCGUCCUCAUUAUCAUGAGGGACGACAAUAAAUGAAUAUUAAAUAUGUCUAGGAUAACAUGAUAAAAUAUAGAUAGAUUAUUGCCUACAGAUGAAUAUAGAUAUAUUGUAGCUUUGGUUAUAGAAAGAAAAUAUAUAGAUUUUAAUUUGAAUAUCAGAUAUUUAUUUAUUUUGCAUAACUAUCACAUUCAUCAAGUCACUCCUGGAACCUCUCGCCGAUUCCUUUGCAGUUGCAAAAGCCAGAAAACAAAUGCCAGUCCACACGUUUUGACUCUAUGCAGAUCUCAUCUUAUUAUUUUCGGAGGAGAAACUGCCGCACUGUGGUACUGUCAAACAAAUUCAUGAAACACAAACCCACCGGCCUGAGAUGUUAAUGUCACUUUUGCAUAAGUCAAAUGACAUCACAUCUGUGGCGAAAUCCCUUUCUUUGAUGGACGUCACCGUCUUUUUCUCUCCCCCUCCUGCGGCUGCUCCUUUUACAGUCUAUACAAAUUUCUAUGCUCUCCUGAGAUGUGUCGCCUCCAGGCCAUGUAGUGAGGCGUGUAGGAUAUGGGAUCAUGUGGGGUUUUGGGGAUUAUUUAACUGGCGGAAGUGAAGGGGUGCAAACCAGAAACUCUUCCAUCCUGACGUUCCAUCAAGAGAGAUUGUGGCAGGUGAAGAUUCUUCUCCAAAGCCCCCCCCCCCUCUACAGAGCCACAGUGCCUUCUGUAUCCAAGUCACAUCCGUCAUCCCACAGUCUCCUCAUCGGUCGGUCUUGUCCCUCCUCCCGUUUAUCCCCCAUAGUAGAUGUGAUCAACCACACUACGCCUUAAAAAUCAAGUCCCACCGUCUGCCACGCAUGCAUAGAAACGGGGAGGGUGGUGAUUUUGAGACUGGGGUACCGUCAGGAAAUAGUCAGGAGGUUAGGCUCGAUGCAGGGAACUCAAGAUCACAUCCAGAAUGGGUUAGACUAUUGAACUCUUCCAUUCACUCAUUCAAAUUACACCGAUUUUUGUAGUCGUUGCCAAAAACCAUAAGGGAUCCUCACAGAUUGAAUCAGAGCCUUGUGGUUUUGACUUUUUAUGACUCAAUGACCAACUUUUCUGGAUCUUGCUAGCUGGCUAGCCCUUUUAAGCUUUGGAGUGGCACCAUUUUGUGUCCAUCCCAGAGAUGUCCUGGGUUCAGUUGAAGGGGUUGUAGUGAGAGGUUUACAGAGGUUCAAAGCUGUUUGCUUACUUCUCAGGUCCCUCUACAGUUAGGUAGCUAGUUAAAAAAAAAAAAAAAGUAGGGAAGAGACCGCUACUAAAGAAACAAGUCUUUGUUUGAGUAAUUGUAUGGUUUUACUGGACUUGGCAUCAGAUGUUGUAAUUUAACCCUUCUCCCAUCACUUACCCUGAAUUCACACACUUACCCCUCACCUUCCCAUUGAGAAACAGCCGAAUGCAUCGACAUUCAACGCCAAGCAUGUUUGGCUGACUGGCGCUGGCUGGCGGGAAAAAGAGAAAAAAAACAA